AUGGUUGGUAGAAAACAAGAACCGUGUGAAUACAAGAAUCAAGAGAGUGGCUUUCUGCAAUCCAACGGAAAGACUUUUUCACCCAAAAAGAGUUCAAAGGUUUGUGAAUUGCAUUUCAAGGAAAGUGAUUUUAAAGUUGAAGCUUCAGCAUUUGAUUCUAAGAAUGGAAUUUUAAUUUCUGCUCCACUUCAGGUGCGUAGAUUAAAAGAAAAUACAGUGCCAUCGAUAUUUAAGGACUAUCCAUCUGUAUACAGUUCAAAAAGUAGCACCAUUGUACGAGAAGAUCCUGAUGCAAAAAAAAAAACUGCCCGCGAGUGCCAUAAUUUACAGAAAGCAUUGCGUGAAAGCCUUAAAGAAUAUGAAAUGUAUAAUAAUGAUUUGAAAAUUAAUUGUUCUAAUGAUAUUUUGUCAUGUAUUGAUCGCUAUGGAAUAUCAGCAUUUUGGCAUGUAUACACGGUUCCAGAUACCUCAACUGUUUGCUUUAUUCAUAUUGUUUUUAGUCCUGGGCCAUCAAUUGAUUAUUCUGUAGUUGUGAAUGACAAUCAAGAAAUGUCUGAAUUUAUUAAAGAAAAAUCUAUUAUGCAAUUAUCUCCUUACACAUUCCCACAUAAAGUUACAAAUUUUAAUGAAAUUAGGACUGUUUUAGAUAAAUUGGCUAAUCUUCAAACCAAAGAGUCUGAUGCAUAA